AUGACUUCCAAUCUACAGAUCAUCACCCUACCCAACACGCUCGCCACCACCCCCCUCGACGAGAUCCUCCAAGGACUCUGUCAGCCAACGGGCCAGAAAUCUCUCCCGACGAUACUGCUUUAUGAUGAGCUCGGUUUACGUCUCUACGACGAUAUUACGACCAAAGCAAGCGAGUACUACCUCUUCCCAGCCGAGGAGCAGAUCCUCCGAGACAACGGGGCCAGUAUCAUUCGCAUGAUGCACGGUGGCUCUCCUGUUCACCCUGGUGAAGUCGUCCUUGAGCUUGGCGCUGGCGCUCUUCGAAAGACAUCCCUCUUGCUUCGAUCGCUCGCCAACGUGUCUCCCAAAUCGGACCCGCCAGCCGUAACGUACCUAGCACUCGAUCUAGAGAGGCGUGAACUCGACCGUACGCUCUCGUCCAUCGCGUCCUCCGAAAUAGGACCCCUACUGGUGGACCGAGUGCGAAUUGGGGGGCUGUGUGGGACCUAUGACGAUGGAAUCGCCUAUGUGCGAGGAGGAGGGCUCAGCGAGAUGUAUUCAUCCCCUUUACUAUCUCCUUCCAGCUUGAAAAGUGGGGUGGCCGACAAUGGGGACAACUCGACCGUAAACGCUCAAGUCGCUUCUGCUUUGAAUGACAAGGACGCCGGUCACUUUCCCACAUUAAACUCGUUAGAGGCAACCUCUGCCGGGCGUCAAGAUAGUUUACCUUCCCCAGCAGAAUCCGAUGAACAUGAUAUAGACCGCCCAUCCAGCCCCCUUACGUUCACGGAAACCCAAUCAAGCUAUUCGACAGAUUAUGAUGAGACCCCACCUCUCCAUCUACUGUUCUUGGGCUCUUCUAUUGGUAAUUUUACGCGAGAGGGGGCUGCAGACUUCCUUCGAUCAUUGCCACUUAGAUCUUGGACAGGCGGACCAGACUCCAUCUCUGGCAGGCCAUUAGGCGACACUUUAUUACUCGGCUUAGACCAUGACAAUGAGCCUGAACGAAUCGAGAGGGCAUACAAUGAUCCGGCCGGAUACACUCGGAAGUUUAUUAUGAACGGCCUUGCCGGGGUUAGGCGGGCUUUUGAGCAAGCAGGUUACCCCAAAGAAACAGUCUCUGCAUUCGACGAACAAAAUUGGGAAUAUCAAGAGCAGUACAAUACUACCGAGAGUAUGACAGACUUAUCUUGGAGGUGGAAUCAGGAGGAGCUGACAUUUAUAUAA